GAGGGAGAGAGAGAGGGAGAGAGAGAGAGAGAGAGGGGCUUGAACGGGGUAGCAUACUCUCCACCUUCACUAGUAGAGUAAAGAGACGUAUCUGGCGAAUAACGAUCACAUGAAACAACCACAGUGUAACAUGGGCACGCCACUCGUUUAGCUGCACGUGACGAUCGUACGCCGAUUAGGAUGCACAGAAGGGAUUAAUUGCGACUGUCAAGAGAUACAUGGCAAAGAGUGUUCUAUAGGAAGACGAUGCCCGUGACAACCUGUGCACCGAUGUGCCCAGGAAAUUAAGCGUGCAUUUGAUUUCUACUUUAAUCGUUCAACGGAAGUUUCUGUGGGCGUUUCACAAUUUUUUGGGGGGGCAUUUUGCUUAUAGACCAUGGACGACGACAAUCACGUACCGGAGGACUUGUCUCUAGAGGAGAAAGAUGAGCUUUCCAACAUCCGGCGCAGGAAAAAAGAGCUGCUGGAUGAUAUUGAGCGGUUAAAGUUUGAAAUUGCAGAAGUGAUGACCGAGAUCGAGCAGUUAACCUGCGUAGGGGAUAGCAAAACGACACAAAGAAACAAACAGAUCGCCAUGGGAAGAAAGAAAUUCAACAUGGACCCCAAAAAGGGCAUCCAGUUCCUCCUGGAGAACGACCUACUCCAGCACACCCCCGAGGACAUCGCUCAGUUCCUCUACAAAGGCGAAGGCCUCAACAAAACGGUCAUCGGAGACUACUUGGGGGAACGGGAUGACUUCAACAUUAAGGUGCUGCAGGCGUUUGUUGAGCUGCACGAGUUUGCUGACCUUAAUUUAGUACAAGCUUUAAGACAGUUCCUGUGGAGCUUCAGACUUCCUGGUGAAGCCCAGAAGAUUGAUCGCAUGAUGGAGGCCUUUGCCUCCAGAUACUGUGGAUGCAAUCCAGGUGUCUUCCAGUCCACAGACACAUGCUACGUGCUGUCCUUCGCCAUCAUCAUGCUGAACACCAGCCUCCACAACCCCAACGUGCGCGACAAGCCCCCCGUUGAGCGCUUCAUCUCCAUGAACAGAGGCAUCAACGAGGGGGGGGACCUGCCAGAGGACCUGCUCCGGAAUCUGUACGAGAGCAUAAAAAGUGAACCCUUUAAGAUUCCUGAGGACGACGGGAACGACCUCACGCACACCUUCUUCAACCCAGACCGAGAGGGCUGGCUGCUCAAACUAGGGGGCCGAGUGAAAACCUGGAAGCGACGGUGGUUCAUCCUGACAGACAACUGCCUUUACUACUUUGAAUACACCACAGAUAAGGAGCCUCGUGGCAUCAUUCCGCUGGAGAACCUGAGCAUCAGGGAGGUGGAUGAGCCCCGGAAGCAAAACUGCUUUGAGCUGUACAACCCCAACCACAAGGGGCAGGUGAUCAAGGCCUGCAAGACGGAAGCGGACGGUCGUGUCGUCGAGGGCAACCACGUGGUGUACAGGAUAUCGGCGCCCACGCCGGAGGAGAAGGAAGAGUGGAUCAAAUCCAUCAAGGCUAGCAUCAGCAGAGACCCAUUCUACGACAUGCUGGCCACCAGGAAGAGACGGGUCGCCAACAAGAAGUGAAGAAGGACAGUCUUAUCCUCCACCUGUGACCUCAAACACCAACCCCGCCAUUCACAAACACAUCAUCCACCCUAUGCAUACACACACACACACACACACACACACACACACACACACACACACACACACACACACACACACACACACACACACACACACACACACACACACACACACACACACACACACACACACACACACACACACACACACACACACACACACACACACACACACAAAAGCAAAGUCACAUUCCAUGUGUAAACAGCACUAGCCAACCGGACCUGUGCUGCAAGUUGUUGGACAUGUUGAGGAUAAAAUACACCAACAAUUUACCUUUGGCAGACGUAUCCAGGGGCCAAUCCCCUAGGGGGCCAGAAGGAGAGUAGGUUAGGGGCUACAGGAACAGGACUGCAAGGACAGCACUGUUCUGGACUGUGUCUCUGCGCACAUCGACCCACACAUACACACACACACACGCACACAGGCAGACAAACACACACAAGCACGCUCCCGCAGAUGUACACACACACACACACACACACACACACACACACACACACACACACACACACACACACACACACACACACACACACACACACACACACACACACACACACACACACAGUAAGGAAGGACAACACUGAUACUACACACACGUCGGUGUGUGCACCCCUGUGUGAGUGUUUGUGUGCUACUCUGAAAUAUUAUGUCUCAAGCUCGACCUUUCUGUUGUCCCCUUCCAUCUCCCUCUGCUCCUCCUUCCCCCCCUCCUCCUCCUCCCUGUGUCUUUAUGGGGAUUUCAUUUCCUGAAUGACCUGAGCAAAGCACAACUGCCAUUUCGGUGCUUUGACAGGGGGCCACAUGCAAACGUGUGUAUAUGUGUAUAUGAUGUGUGAAUUGGUAUGCAGUUUAACAUGCAGAAUGUGUCCACUGUGCUUUACAUGUACAAACUCAACAAAAAGAGAUUUGCGUGGCAAACCAAGGUCACAGCUCAUAUGUUUGUUUGUUUGCUAAGAGAGAGAGAGAGAGAGAGAGAGAGAGAGAGAGAGAGAGAGAGAGAGAGAGAGAGAGAGAGAGAGAGAGAG